AUGUCUUCUACUCAAGCUCCCGAGGAAUUGACUAAUGCUGACGCAUCCAUCACCUACGAUGCGAUCGUUGUGGGCUGCGGUGUUAUCGGUCCAUGUGUUGCCACUGGUUUGGCCAGAAAGGGUAAGAAGGUUUUGAUCAUUGAAAGGGAAUGGACGAUGCCAGACAGAAUUGUGGGUGAAUUGAUGCAACCAGGUGGUGUCAGGGCUUUAAGAAGCUUGGGUAUGGUUCAAUCCAUCAACGACAUUGAAGCUAUCCCUGUCACCGGUUACACUGUGUUCUACAACGGCGAAAAGGUCUCAAUUCCUUACCCUCACAAGGGUGACAUUGCCCCUGUCGAAAAGCUUUCGGGAUUGGUGCGUGAUGGUAACGAUAAGGUCACUGAGGAUACCACUGUGCAUGUGAAGGACUUUGAGGACGACGAAAGAGAGAGAGGUGUCGGUUUUGUUCACGGCAGAUUCCUACAAAAUUUGAGAGACAUUGUUGCCCAGGAGCCAAAUAUCACUCGUCUCCAAGGUAACGUGGUUGAAAUCUUGAAGAACAAGGAGAAUGAAGUUAUCGGUGCCAAGGUAGACAUCGAUGGCCGUGGUAAGGAAGAUUUCCACGCACACAUAACUUUCGUUUGUGAUGGUAUUUUCUCUCGUUUCAGAAAAGAGCUAUCUCCAGAGCACGUUCCAAAGGUUGGAUCUUCUUUCGUCGGUAUGAGUCUUUUCGACGCUAAGAUGCCAACCCCACACCACGGCCAUGUCAUUUUGGGCAGCAACCAUAUGCCUGUUUUGGUGUACCAAAUUUCUCCUAAAGAGACAAGAAUUUUGUGUGCUUACAACUCUCCAAAGCUCCCAUCGGACAUUAAGGAGUGGAUGAAGAGCGAAGUUCAACCAAUCAUCCCCAAGUCUCUACGUCCUUCGUUUGACGAAGCGCUAAACCAAGGCAAAUUCAGAUCCAUGCCAAACUCCUUUUUGUCCGGUAGACAAAACGAUGUUAUGGGUAUGUGUGUUAUCGGUGACGCUCUAAACAUGAGACAUCCUUUGACCGGUGGUGGUAUGACCGUUGGCCUAAACGAUGUCGUUCUGCUAAUGAAGAAAAUUGGUGACCUAGACUUCAGUGACCGUGAAACUGUUUUGGACGAGUUGCUAGACUAUCACUACGAAAGAAAGAACUACGAUUCUGUCAUCAACGUCUUGUCGAUCGCGUUGUACUCUUUAUUUGCGGCAGACAGCAAAGAUCUUAAGAUCUUGCAAAAAGGUUGCUUCAAGUACUUCCAAAGAGGGGGCGACUGCGUUAAGCUCCCCGUUGCAUUCUUGUCUGGUGUCCUACCAAGACCAUUUUUGUUGACCAAGGUUUUCUUUGCCGUUGCAUUGUAUGCCGUUUAUAUCAACUUCGAAGAAAGAGGUGCUCUAGGUUUCCCAGUUGCUUUGAUCGAAGGUAUCUCCAUUUUGUUCACUGCCGCAAGGGUAUUCGCACCAUACUUAUACGGUGAGCUCAUUGGUUGA